CUCCCCUCUUGUCCUCCCACAAGUCAGAUGGUUUCGACUAGCUAGUUACUACAGACAUAAAGUAAAAAUGGGCUUUAUCGUACAAAUUCAUGAAAACAAAAAAUAGCUUUUUGGUGUUCGUUUAAGGUUAACUGUGUUGUUCAUGUUAGGUUCAAAAUAACAUUUUAAGAAGAUAAAUUGUAGAAAUAGGCGGCCCUUAUCACUUUGUGGCUAUGGUAACUAACGUUCGUGACGACCAAGUCAGAUCAUCCCACUGCGUAAAGUCGUUCGGCAAAGAUGUCUGCUACGGAUGUAGGCGGUUGUGGACCCGGAGCAGGACCCAGUUCGGGUGCUGGGUCCGGGGCAUCAAACCCUCGAAAAUUUAGCGAGAAAAUAGCUCUACAUACCCAACGUCAGGCUGAAGAGACUGCCGCUUUUCAAGAGGUUAUGAUGGACAUCACCUCUACCAGGAUCCAGGCUCAGAAAGUGCGUCUGGCUAGAACCCAGGGCCCGUACUAUGGGGGCUCCCUACCCAACGUUAAUCAGAUCGGCAGGAACCCAGGCGACUUUCAGGGUUUAUUCCACUCUAACCUGGACUCCAGUCGCUCCACACGGCACCAUGGCCUGGUAGAGCGGGUCCAGAGGGACAGACGAUUCAUCUCCCCAGUGCGCCCCUACAGGAGAGUGGACAGCUCUCCUUACAACUCAGCCUAUCUGUCCCCACCUCCGGACACUAGUUGGAGAAGGAACUGUUCGGGCAACUUCCCAGGAGACAAAAGCCAGUUAUUUCGCCUCCCCACCAUGGCACUCAACAGGACCAACUCAGACUCUGCCCUCCACACCAGUGUGAUGAACCCCCCUGCAGGAGACCCCUUCAGUGCUGGACACACACUCACCCCUCAGGGCAGACUCACAGGUCAGAGUGAAGGAGAGGGGAGAAGAAUGUUUCCGUACCCAGUUCCCUCCAUUGAGGAGAACGUUCUGGAUCAGGGCAUACUGCUCAAGCCCUGGGACACCAAGAAGUUGCCCCUGCUGUCUUCUCGACCCAAGUCCUGUGAAGUUCCCGGUAUUAAUAUCUUCCCCUCCCUGGACCAGCACUCCAGCACCCCCCAUGCCCCCUCAGCCCUGAACACGGGGGGCUCCCUGCCCGACCUCUCCAUCCUGCACUUCCCGUCGCCGCUGCCCACCCCCCUGGACCCAGACGAGCCGGGCUACCCCUCGUCCCUGAGUGGGGGCAGCAGCACUGGCAACCUGGCCACCACCCUCACCCAGCUGGGCAUUAAUGCCAGCAACGCCUUCCGCCACUCGCCAGGUCUCCUGGCAUCUCUUCAGGGCACUCUCAGUAACCCCUCCUUGCAGUCCUCGCUAAGCAACCCCAACAUCCAAUCAUCUCUCAGUAGCCACUCUUUCCCCAACUCCCUCAGCUCCACCUCCUUGCACUCAUCGCUUAGCAACCCGUCCCUGCAGUCCUCCCUUAGUUCCUCCCCCUCCCUUCAGUCUUCCCUCAGCAACCAAUCCCUGCACUCCUGCCUCAGCAACUCCUCCCUGAGUGGCCAGUCCCUCCAGACCGCAGCCAGUAACCCUAGUUACAGUAGCGGGGUGGGAGGGUCCGGCUCGUGCGCCUCUUAUUCGCCAUUGUUAACUAGCCAGGGGCAGUCGCCUCUCAGCACGUCGCCACGGAGACGAGCUCAGCUCUCCCCUCUGAUCCUACCCAUGGGAGGGGAGUCUCGCCGGCACCACUCCAAACAGUUCUCCCCCACCAUCUCUCCUAACUUGUCCUCCAUAACACAGGGCGUCCCUCUGGACACCAGCAAACUGCCCAUGGACCAGAGGCUCCCUCCCUACCCCUUCAGCCAACCUCAGCAGCAGCUUCAUCAGCCAGGUCCUCCAACAUCCCAGCAGGCCUCUCAGGCAGGACAACAGCUCUCCCAGCCGUCCGUGGUACUACAACAACAACAACAGCAGCAUCAACACCAACACCAUCAGCUGCAUUUGCAAUACCAGCUGCACCAGCAGCAACGUGCCCAGUCUCAGCAGGCCCUCCAGCAGCUGCACCUGCAGAACCUGCGCAAUGUCCAGAACCAGCAGCAGCAGCAUAGGGUGUCAGUCAAAAUUGAGAAGCAGGGUGAGCAGGGCCAGAACUCCCAGUGCCUGCAGACGCAAGACCUGCAGUCGACCCAGCAACAGCAGCACCAGCAGCAACAGCAACAGGACCAGCAAGACCAACAGCAGCAGAUGGAGCAGCAAAGGCAGCAGGGAAGUCUUCCCCAGCUGCAGCACAUCAGCCACUCCCUGGCCACAGACCUGGGCCUCUACAAUGACACAUUACUGUUAAACUCUCUGUUGAAUGAUCCCUACCUGGGCCUGCAGAUCGCCUCCAGACAGAACCAGCAGUUCAACAUGGAGACUCCGGGAGACAGCCUGUCAUUCAACCAUGGUGGCUUGGGCUGUGGGAGUGGUGGAAAGGACCAGGAAGAAUCCUACCACUCCAACCAUGGCUUCCUGGAGCUCCACGAUUCAGGGGAUAGGCAGCACCUUAACAACCAGAACUUUGGGGGAGAGGGAUGCCACAACGUCCCUAACAUCAUCCUCACAGGAGACAGUUCGUUGGGCCUCUCCAAGGAGAUCGCCAGCGCCCUGUCCCACGUGCCAGGGUUUGAGAUGGACUCCUUUGCCCUGGACGACCCCCUCAGGAUGGACCCCCUGGCCCUUGAAGGGCUGGGCAUGCUGGAUGGGGACCUCAUGCUGACCGACCCCGCCGUGGAAGACUCCUUCCGCUCCGACCGCCUCAAGUGACCCCUCCCCGGCCUGGAGUGGAUACUGAGGAGUGCGGAGGGAAGGGGCUUGGAACAACCCCGGGCUGAAGCAGAACAGGUGGGGUUGAGCCCUGCUUUGCUUCCCCCUCCUUGGCGAUUGACCCAACCACAGGAUCUGCGAAUACGAGGUCAGGUCCCGGAGAGAAACUGGGGAGCAGGCUUUCGAUCCACUAUAGUACUAAUACACCUGUCAAAUAAUCAAUUAAUCACAGUCUUCAAUCUGGACCUUGAUUAUUUGAAUUGUGUGUGUUAGUCCUGGAUUUGAAUAGAAUUCUACAUGCUCUCCAGGACCAGAGUUGGAGGCACCUGGUCUAGUGGGGACCUCUCCACAUGCUUUUUGUGAGGUGAUGUGGUGGUGGGGAAGGUUGGAGGACAGGACUGACAUGUCAGUGGUGGAGCAAGUUUAUUAAAGGUUCUUUCUGCUACAUCCAGGCAUUUAUUGAAAACGCACUUAUGAUGCUUAAGAGAAAAAAAGAAAAUAUCGGCAUUAGCUUGUACGAGUCUUAUCUGCAUGUAAACAAAUGCACUUCGGAUAAUGCAUAAAUGCAGGGAUCACGCAUGAGGUCAGUUACACUUGAAAAUGCCGUCUUGAAAACCAUACAAUAUGCAUUCUAUAAGACAGGACUUUUCCGACUGGUAUUUUGGCUUUGUCUGUCGGUGUUCCAUCAUUCCAACGCCAGUAUGGGGAGGCUGGAAUAUCAGCUAUGUUUGCCAUCAUUCUACUGCAAGAACAUACAGUAGAUCUGGGGUAUUUUAUGGAUUACAUCAACCCAACCAGAGACUGUUCAACCAAUAGUGGCCAAUUGACAUGUCAUUAAUUGUUUCUAUUUUAUUGAAGUUUAGUGAAGGUAAUUCAAUGGCGGACCUUGCUAGCUAUAGUUCAGAUAGAGUUCAGUGUUUCAACGGACAAAGAGAAGAAAGUGUGUUUUUGGAGAGGUGACUUUCUCAGUCCCUAGGGACAAGUUGGCACUUACGGGGCCAUUUUAGUGUCUGGACAGCAUAUUCGUCUGUAAGAUUAUCACUGUCUGUGUUCUAGGCCCAGCUAAAUUGACCUUUCUCAUUUGACGUCUGUUAACUUGAAUCGUCUUGAUCUUUCCGAAUCUAAAAAAUAACUAAAUCGAUCGUCUAAGGAUAUUGUCCUCAUAUUGAAUCAAGUAGUCCUUAGAGUCCAUUAUCCUGUCUAUUAAAAACAACACAUAAAAUAACACAUUUCACUGCACCUAUCUGGUGUAUGUGACAAACAUUUGUGUAUAUAUAUUUUUUUAUAUAUGUCCCAACAUGGCAGCUGUUGCCAUUCUGCCAGCCUGCUUCUAUACCAUGGAGUUUAAGCCGAGGACCUUUUGCUAUGUACCACCCCUGUGUGCCUGCUAUCCUGCUAGCUCCCCCUUAGAUCUUAGACCUACUUCUACACAUUCCCUUUGAAGGGAAUGCAACAUUUUUGCCAUAGUAUGUAUUGUAACUGUUACUACUAUCCUAAGGCCUUGGAGCUUUAGUGUCCGUUUUAGUCAGGUAAUCCUAGCCACUGUGAUUGACACCUCUAACCCCUCCCACCUGCUGCACCUGUCUUGCCACAGCAAGGGCCAUAGCCAGAUUAUAGUAACAUAUUUUUAUGUAACAAAGUAGUUAUUACUAUGAAGUUUUAUUUUUUAAUUAAAGGUGGUCUUUGUAUAUAAAUGUAUAAAUAACUGAAUAUAUUUAAGUAGAGAAGCCGUUUGGUUCCGCAACACCUUGAAACCGGUUGCAUGAUUUGAAAAGCAACAGAUUCUGAACAAUGUAGUCCAUUUGCUAUGCAAAAUGUUCUUGUGCAUGUCUUGUGACUGUCUGGGAGUUGUCAAAUACAAUUUUUCAGAUAGUACAUUUGCAUCAUACUAUUGUAGCGAAAAUACAUUUUUUGUAAAAUAUUUUUUUGCGUUUUUAAAUGGUCAUUUUGCUUUUGUGACAAUUUUUGAUAUUGGUGUCUAAAGACUACUGUAAGUUUGACAUUGUGUGGCAGCAACAGGAAGUUAGAGCGCUUGAGAUAAUAUCGUUUAACUUUCAUAAUGACAAAGAUUAUGGAAAUCAGCCCUUCUUUCCAGUGUGGACUGAAAGAGGCCAUGUUUGACAGACUUAAUAAAACACAAGCGUUGCAACUUGGAUAUAGAAAGCUGUAUGCAACUGUUACAUCAUAGAUUUGUGGUAACAUCCAUCCUAAAAUGAAGUAGUGCUGUUCUGAAGUUGUGCUAACAUAGAGUUUAACCCCCUUAUUGACAGAUAUUGAAGUACCUCUAAUUACCGGUAUGCUUUAUUUCAACCAUAUUGCUUUUACACUGAUCAUAUGAGCCAAAUGCAAAUCUGUUUUGACAGGGAGUGGUGGUUGAAGUGGUUUGAGUAUCAAACCUAUGGAAAAACCCAUUCACUACGGCCUCCUAUCCAACAGUAAUAGUGUGGGUUUGCAAAGUCCCCUUUUACCACUGUGAGCCAAUGUUGUGCCUUGGUGUAUAUCUUGCUUCUUACUAGGCUGGUGGUAUUGGCAAGACCACAAGUCGUUUUGAAGAGCCAUAAUAAUGCAUUUCCAAUUUAGCCAUUAAUGAGGGGAGGUAUAAAAAUAAAGUUAGCGUGAAAAUCA